AUGGAGGAACUAUGGAAGACAUUAGUGGAUGCCCACAUGGAGGUGAUGAAUGCCACAGGAUGGGGAUCUUUGCUUGAGGGUUUGGGAGCAUCAUGGAAGGGUGAUGGGAAUAGUUCUUUAGUGGGAUCUUUAUAUCAAAAUGUUCGCGCUUUUGUGGAUGCGGUAAACUGGUCUGAACCAUUCUUUACAUACCUGGCUGUAUUUCACAUUGUUGUUAUUAUUCUUGUGAUUGCAUUAACGUGGCGUGCAUCUACAGAGCGCAUAUUUGCCAUAGAUGUACUGGUGCUUCUUUUAGGUUGGUGUUCAUCUUAUCUAAAUGAUUAUGGUAGUUCCCACGCUGCGGAGAUCUUUAUAGAAAAGGGUGUUAAUUACUUUGACCCGGAUGGUCUAUUUAUCUCUGUUGUUUAUUGGAUUCCACUUUUUCUCCUGGCUCUUGCCCUGCAGGGACGCAUUUUUCUCCGCUUAUUGCAGUUGAUGGUAAAAACAAAACGUCGACAGUUGCAGAAGGAGAUGAGAGAGAGAGCGUCAGCGGCCACAGGAAAGGAAGAAAAAAAGAAGAAUUAA